AAAUUUACAAAACUAAUUUUUAAGUUCAAUUUUAAUCACCUACAAAAGCACACCAAUAAAACUCAAAAAAUGAUAGAAUUAAAUAUUGAAGGAAUUAAAUUCACAAUAGAAACAAAAGAAGCUUUAUACAAACACGCAACAAAUAAUUUUAUAAAAGGAUUGCCGGACAUUAAAAAUAAUAUUAAAUUUAACAAUGCUUUAAUUAUUUUAAAUCGUUGGGCGAAAAAUAAUUUUAAAAAUCAAGAACGUUUCGAAUUUUUAGACGAAUAUUCAAUUUCUGUAAUGCUAACAAAAAUAAAUAUUUUAUAUCCAAAUGUGUCUUUAAUUGAAUUAAUUGAACGUUUCUUUUUGACUUAUUUGACAUGGUUGGAAAUUAUUUUUUAAACCGAUUUUUAACCGAAUUUCACAAAAUAUUUUAGUCUUCAAAAUAGUAAAAACUCAAACGAGUUGUCAUUUAUCAAAAAUAUUCCUUAAAAUAUUGUUCAUGAUGCUAAACCACAAAAAUAGUGACCCAAAAAUCUGAAAUUAUUCAAAGGAUGGGAGGAGUAUCCAUGAAUCUUAAGGAUGUUCCUCAAAAGUUCGUGGGAAUGUCUGUGUAUCGGGUUCAGAGCUGUCCAUAAUUGCAGAUUGCGGCUGGGAAAUUUUUUUUCACUUGCGGAAAUCCCUAAUCGGGUUAUUAAUUUAUUUGUAAGCGGGGCUAAAUGCGAAAAAGUUUGUAUCGAUAAUGGAUAGUCUU